CUGCGAAAAAAAGAAACAUCUUUACAUGUUUCUGUGUCAAUGGGCCAAGGCUAGCGGCGACCUUGUCUGCAGGUUGGUACCAAUAACCAUCCGUACGAAGAAUGGAGUCUUGAAUUCCUUGUUUUCAGGUCGCUGUCGAGUCGCCGUUUGUAUAUGUUUAUUUUUGUAUUCCUUUGUUUUUAGUACUGCGGUUCCAAGUGCCGUUGCCAUCUCAACAUUUGUUUAGUCAAAACUAAACUUCCUCGGCUAGGUAGCAGCUAAUGCUAGCCUGGACAUAACCGCCAGAUAGUGGUCCUUUUUUUUAUAGCUCAUUUGAGACUUUUUUUGCAAGCGAGUGCACAGCACAACUGUAGUUAGUGCAUCGGUAGCUAGGCGGGGAGAAGAAGCUACUUUUUAUACGAAACAUGUCGGGAGCUAACAGGGGUCAGAGCAGCGCGGCUAGCGAUUAUCACAACCAAGAAAACAUGCUGUCAAGACUGAGAGGUUCACUAAAACCACGACCUGCUGCAAACGAGAACCAAGAAAACCUCCCUCCAAAGCCAGCAGCCAACAGAACCGUCCUCGGAGCCCUCCCGAACAACCAGCGAAGCAAAAGCCAGAGUCAGCGCGGCACAAAGCAGGAAUCGUCACAGCCCUUGUCUUACAAACAUGACGAUUUUGGUAAAGGCUGUAAUGAGAAGCCAACCUUCCAGAUUCAUGUUGAUGAUCCCGAAGGUGCCUGCACAAAGAAACCACAACCUGUUAAAUCAAAGGCUGUCCCCGAAGAGUCUCCCCUAACCAUCAACAAUGCUGUGGCACGGCUCAGACCACCACUUGCUACCAUUGAUAUGCCACCGGUGAUGGAUGUUAGCUUUGACUCCCCCAUGGACAUGUCGGUGGUUGAAGGAGAGGAGAAACCAGUCGACGUAAAUGAGGUCCCAGAAUAUGCUGCUGAAAUUCACACAUAUCUGAGGCAGAUGGAGUUGAAAAACCGGCCCAAAGCAGGCUACAUGAAGAAACAACCAGACAUCACUAACAGCAUGCGGGCCAUCCUGGUGGACUGGCUGGUGGAGGUUGGAGAAGAGUACAAACUCCAGAAUGAGACUCUCUAUCUGGCUGUGAACUACAUUGACCGCUUUCUUUCAUCGAUGUCCGUCCUAAGAGGGAAGCUCCAGCUGGUUGGAACAGCUGCUAUGCUGCUAGCUUCGAAAUUUGAAGAAAUUUACCCCCCAGAGGUUGCAGAGUUUGUUUACAUCACAGAUGACACUUACACCAAGAAGCAAGUGUUAAAAAUGGAGCAUCUGGUGCUUAAAGUACUGUCCUUUGAUCUGGCAGCACCAACGAUUAAUCAGUUUCUUACCCAGUACGUCCUCAAUCAAUCUGUUAACAAGCAGGUUGAGAACCUGGCAAAGUACCUUGGGGAGCUCAGCCUGGUUGAUUCCGAUCCCUUCUUGAAGUAUCUGCCAUCUCAGACAGCUGCUGCAGCCUACAUCGUUGCCAACAACACAGUGACUGGGGGCUCGUGGCCAAAGUCACUGGUGGAGCUCUCUGGCUACACUUUAGAAGGACUAAUGCCAUGUGUGGAGGACCUACACAGAACGUACUUGAGUGCUGCUCAGCAUGCCCAGCAGUCUGUCCGGGAGAAGUACAAGGGCUCAAAGUACCAUGAAGUUUCAAACAUUGACGCUCCAACUAAAUUGCUGCUGAACUAACUCCCUUCCCCUUGUCUAUGUAGAGCUAUACCAAUUUUGUUUUUAAUAGUGUGCCACUAUUUCAUAACAUGGCCUGCUCUUCUUGGAGUAGUGCUAGCUGUUUAGAGUUUUUAUUGUAUUUUUAUACAAAAUUAAUGCCAGUUGUUGACAAAUCAAGCAGUUUUAAAAUUGUAACUUGAUCAGACAAAAUGUACAACUACUGCUCUUGGCUCAAGGAUGUUAGUGUCUGAAUGGGCACAAACCCAGAUGCCCUUUUACUUUAUCCAGGGUGUCACCUGUUCUAUAGCCUCAUGAAGAGCAUAUUAAAGUGUUUUGUCUGUCAAUGAGUCAGCUGUUUCAUUACAUCAGUGUAUGAGAAAUGUAAUUACAUUAAGAGCUUCAGGACAUAUGCUGCGUUGUAAACUAUGGCACUUGUAAAUAAAAGCUAUCAAAGUAAAA